UAUGUGAUCAAACAAUUUGUUGAAGCGCUUUGGGCUUAGGGCAUUUCAUUUCUGUGAAGUAGGACCAUCAGUUAUUUGCUCUGUUUUUGUGUCACCUCUCAGAAUACAUUAAAGUAGGGGCAACCCUUGAGCCCAGACUUCUGCCAUGUGAAGACCCUUUGAAAAUCCUGACAAACACAGGUACUGCAUAAGUGGUCAGCUAAUUAAAGAGGGGAGGUGGAGCUGUCCUUUGUGUAUCCAAUAAGUACCCAUUAUCUCAUUUGAGCAUGAAAAGAGGCCACUGUUAUUACUUUCAAGAAGGAAAGUAAGCAGGAUAGCUCAUAUUUUUAGAACCAUUCCUCACCAAAUGGAAUAAUUCCAGUGAAAACUGGGAGUGAGGAAGAAAGAAAAAAAAACUUCUAAUCAUAAUGUUUGGGAAUAAGAAAGGAAGAGGAAACUCACGUCAAAGCCGACUUUCUCCUGCAGGUGUAAAAUAAACUCUUAAGACCCUUCCUGCUGAAACUCUGGGGAGGAAAACGGGAGUGGCGGGUGGGCUUUGCCUGCAGCUCAACUCUCCCUCGCGGCGCGGGCGCGGCUGGGUUCAGCACCUCGGAAAGCGCCCCUCGCGGCGCCCCGGGAUUACGCAUGCUCGUUGGGGCCCGCCGCCUUGGCCGUGCAAGUGCCACCGUAACUGGUGAGAGCCGCUGGCAACCCACCCGGAGUUGACAACCGCGGAGAGACGCAGACACCCACCGACCUCCAGGAAGCUGAGCGUGGUGGAUGGAACUCUACGAUCUCUUUCUCUCCAAGGACGGAAACCUCAUCCAAGCAGUCCCAGAGGAAACGGAUAGAGGUAUUUGAAAGGGAGCGAGCGGCCCCAAAUUGCACAAUUGAGCGGCUGGGGGAGUUAUGCGCCAGUGCCCCAGUGACCGCGGGACACGGAGAGGGGAAGUCUGCGUUGUACAUAAGGACCUAGGGACUCCGAGCUUGGCCUGAGAACCCUUGGACGCCGAGUGCUUGCCUUACGGGCUGCACUCCUCAACUCUGCUCCAAAGCAGCCGCUGAGCUCAACUCCUGCGUCCAGGGCGUUCGCUGCGCGCCAGGACGCGCUUAGUACCCAGUUCCUGGGCUCUGUCUUCAGUAGCUGCUUUGAAAGCUCCCACGCACGUCCCGCAGGCUAGCCUGGCAACAAAACUGGGGUAAACCGUGUUAUCUUAGGUCUUGUCCCCCAGAACAUGACCUAGAGGUACCUGCGCAUGCAGAUGGCCGAUGCAGCCACGAUAGCCACCAUGAAUAAGGCAGCAGGCGGGGACAAGCUAGCAGAACUCUUCAGUCUGGUCCCGGACCUUCUGGAGGCGGCCAACACGAGUGGUAACGCGUCGCUGCAGCUUCCGGACUUGUGGUGGGAGCUGGGGCUGGAGUUGCCGGACGGCGCGCCGCCAGGACAUCCCCCGGGCAGCGGCGGGGCAGAGAGCGCGGACACAGAGGCCCGGGUGCGGAUUCUCAUCAGCGUGGUGUACUGGGUGGUGUGCGCCCUGGGCUUGGCGGGCAACCUGCUGGUUCUCUACCUGAUGAAGAGCAUGCAGGGCUGGCGCAAGUCCUCUAUCAACCUCUUCGUCACCAACCUGGCGCUGACGGACUUUCAGUUUGUGCUCACCCUGCCCUUCUGGGCGGUGGAGAACGCUCUUGACUUCAAAUGGCCCUUCGGCAAGGCCAUGUGUAAGAUCGUGUCCAUGGUGACGUCCAUGAACAUGUACGCCAGCGUGUUCUUCCUCACUGCCAUGAGUGUGACGCGCUACCAUUCGGUGGCCUCGGCUCUGAAGAGCCACCGGACCCGAGGACACGGCCGGGGCGACUGCUGCGGCCGGAGCCUGGGGGACAGCUGCUGCUUCUCGGCCAAGGCGCUGUGUGUGUGGAUCUGGGCUUUGGCCGCGCUGGCCUCGCUGCCCAGUGCCAUUUUCUCCACCACGGUCAAGGUGAUGGGCGAGGAGCUGUGCCUGGUGCGUUUCCCGGACAAGUUGCUGGGUCGCGACAGGCAGUUCUGGCUGGGCCUCUACCACUCGCAGAAGGUGCUGCUGGGCUUCGUGCUGCCGCUGGGCAUCAUUAUCUUCUGCUACCUGCUGCUGGUGCGCUUCAUCGCCGACCGCCGCGCGGCGGGGACCAAAGGAGGGGCCGCGGUAGCCGGAGGACGCCCGACCGGAGCCAGCGCCCGGAGACUGUCGAAGGUCACCAAAUCAGUGACCAUCGUUGUCCUGUCCUUCUUCCUGUGUUGGCUGCCCAACCAGGCGCUCACCACCUGGAGCAUCCUCAUCAAGUUCAACGCGGUGCCCUUCAGCCAGGAGUAUUUCCUGUGCCAGGUAUACGCGUUCCCUGUGAGCGUGUGCCUGGCGCACUCCAACAGCUGCCUCAACCCCGUCCUCUACUGCCUCGUGCGCCGCGAGUUCCGCAAGGCGCUCAAGAGCCUGCUGUGGCGCAUCGCGUCUCCUUCGAUCACCAGCAUGCGCCCCUUCACCGCCACUACCAAGCCGGAGCACGAGGAUCAGGGGCUGCAGGCCCUGGCGCCGCCCCACGCGGCCGCGGAGCCGGACCUGCUCUACUACCCACCUGGCGUCGUGGUCUACAGCGGGGGGCGCUACGACCUGCUGCCCAGCAGCUCUGCCUACUGACGCAGGCCUCAGGCCCAGGGCGCGCCGU